CUAUUAAAAAAGUGAGCUUAAGUGUACGAACGAACGAACGAACAAGCGGGUUAUGAUGUCCCCGGAGAGCAACGGUGAACCGGAACCGGUAGCCGGCGCGCUGUUCCGUGGCCGUACGCCACAAGCCGAUCAUCGAUCCUGCUCACCGGUGACACCGGGGGGCAAGCGGAUGCGUUUCACCGACGGUGGUGGUGACGAAGCGUGUAACAGCACCACCAACCCUCUAGUAGUAACCGAAGCCCUAAACUAUAGUGCCGCUGAGCUACUGAAAGCCUUCGGUUACGGUGUUGUUGGUAGCGAGCCGGCCGCGAAGAGAUCGAUAUCUCGCCAAGGAGUGCAUCACGAUGGCGCCGUUGGUAGUGCGAGCGAGGACGAAAUGAUGGGUGACGAUCAACGACGAUCGGGCCGGCGGUCGUGUGAUCCCGAAAGUGGUAGUGGCAUUACCGGAAGUACCGAUGCUCGGCAAGCUGCUGGUGAUCGAAGUGGCAGUAGCAACAGUAGCACCAGCAGCAACAGCAAUAGUAGCAGUAGUAGUGGUAGUAGUAGUAGCUGUCCAACUGUCAUCUACGGUCUGGCUGACAAUGGUGCCAAGUGUGAUACGCUCAACAACAACAACAACAGUCUGGUCAGUGGAAAUCACAGUAUUCACGGUGUUAGUGGUGGUGGUGGUGGUGGUGCCGAUGGUGACGCCAGUUGUGAUAACAACAAUUCAAUCAAGGAGAUGGACGACGGCAAGUUUAGUGAGUUUAGCAAAUUCCUGGCGGACAGCGAGAAGGACGAGAGCAUGGCGACGAUCUUGGAGCUGCUGCACGAUAAUUACGGCCUAAUACAGCGGUACGCGUCAGGGUAUGAUUGCAAGCACGAUAAAUGUCAGUACGAGAGUCUGCACGAGCACUUCCACUGCCACGACACGUUCUGCCGGGGAAAGUUGCUCUACAAGAAAUACGAAAUCAUUCGCCAUCUCAAGUGGCACAAAAAGCGCCAGGAGUCGCUAAAGUACGGUUUUUAUCGGUUCUCUUCGUCGGAUGACUGCAGCAUCCAGUACGGCGCGUGCCAGCAUAACUACAAGCACACGCACUAUCACUGCGUGCACGAGAACUGUGAUAAGGUGUACAUCAGCACGAGCGAUGUGCAGAUGCACGCCAACUACCACCGGAAGCAUGAGGCGAUCGUGAAGAAUGGCUUCCAACGGUUUCGUGCGACCGAGGACUGCAAUACGGAGUACUGUGCGUUUCGGCAUCAGCGAACGACCCACUUUCACUGCCGCCGAGAGAACUGCAAAUACACCUUCAAGAACAAGGCAGAUAUGGAAAAACACAAAACCUAUCACCUUAAGGACGAGAUGCUGUUGCGUGAUGGCUACAAGAAGUUCCUUAAAUCGGAAGACUGCACCUACAAGGAUUGCCGAUUUUCGCGGGUUUGCAACCACAUUCACUGUAUGCACGAAAACUGCCAUUAUGUGCUCCAUUCGAGCGGGCAACUGUUGAGCCACAAGCGAAAGCACGAGCGCAUGGACACCGAGGUGGACUAUCGGCGAUUCCAGAUGGCCCGUAGUUUGCUCACCAAGCUGAACGGAUCGUCGAAAGCGGAGGAGGCGGAACCAGCGCCCAGCAAGUCCAGGGCAAGCACCGGAACACCCGAUACAACGACACUGCACGAUGAUAGUUCGAUCUCUCCGGGUCCAUCAUCUGUACCCAGCUCAGUGACUGCGACCGUCACGACGGAAGCUCCCCCAAAAAAUCCGUUCCUCGAGUUACUCUCGGUGAUGGCAGAGAUCACGUUCCGGGCGUUGCCACUGCAGAUGAUGUACCAUAUGCGGUUACAGCUGUUACAGAACAUGAGUUACGAGCAUGUCUUUGCACCGGAAAACGUCGAAAUGCUACGGGGUCUCUCGCUGAUGGGUUCCUUCGAGGAGAGUUAUCUGCAUCAAAUGUAUGGCGGUGCAAUGAUGGCCACCGGCACUCCAAUAUCCAACCUCCACAAUCCACAAGUUCCUAGUGCAAUUUCGGGCGUUGAACGAGGGGCGGUGGGGGUUAAGAGGAAAUAUAAACCAGAGGAAACUGGCGCGGAUCAACCGGAAACAUUCACAGUAGAUGGGCCACUGUAUAUGAAGAAGGAAUCGCUCAGUACAACGCCACCGCGCUCGAAGCUGCUAUCGAAUCCAUCGGUUGACUAUCGAUUGCUAAAAAGAGAAGACAGUGGGGGUGUUGGGUGCACCACUAGUAUUCCGACCACGACUCCGACCAGCUCCCGAAGAUCCCCGCUUGAGGGUGGCGUGACGGAUCGCGAUCGGGCACUGCUAGAAACGGCCAACUUUCUGCAGUUCAGCUCGAGCAAAACGUUGUUUAAUCGCAAACGGGGACGUCCACGGAAGAACCACGUGAUGGAGGUGUACAAUAAUGUUCAGGAUUCUCCGCAAGCCAUAUUCACCAGCUUCAAGUUGGAGAAGAGCGAUUGCAAGUUAACUGGCGAUGUUCCGCCUUCAACGAUCUCGGCACCCAUGGAGGGACUAACGGCACCGAAGGAAGCAGAGCGAAUUGCGGACCUUCGUCUUGGGGCUCGUACUCCAUCAUCAGGCCGAUCGGAAACGAUACCGGAGUCGAGCAACCCGAUGCAUCCCCCAUCACUUCCUCCAUACGUGCCUGGGAGUUAUAUAGGUCCACCGCCAACAACGAACAAUCUAGGCGGGCUUGAUUCGGCCGGGAUUUUCGGGAACUUUUCGCAGCUCCUAGAGCGUCACAUGCGUGAGGUGAAACAGGAACCAGUAGCCACCAUCACACAAUCGAGCAUCGAUCGCCGGGAGAAGGCUCGCAAUCAUCUGAAGUGCGUUGUGUGCGAGAAUCUGUUCGAAACGUUCGCCGACAUUAAGAACCACGAGUGCCGCGGUGAUCGGGCCGCGCUGGAGAAGCCUUUGCUGGCAUUUCCACCAGCACCACCGGCCUAUACUGGACCACCGAUGAUGGAUUACAGUAGGCCAACUUCAAUGAUGGUUGGUGUGCCGCACCUGUCAGCGCCUCACCCUGUGAAGGAUGCAACCUCAUUGGUGAAAACGGCUGGUACGUUCUUUCCUGAUGUUAAUGCCAACAAAUUAAAGUACUCGUGAGGGUACUGGGUACUGUAGGGAAUUUGCUCAGAACAUUUCUAAGAUAAAGGUAUUGUACUGUUGGUAUAGAUUAUAGAAAACCAUCCUGAAAGGGACACUGACCAUAUGACGGGCCAUAAGAGAACUAUCUAGUAAUGUAAACAAAACGGAAAUGUAAUCAAUUGUAC